UCGAUGGCAAAUUAUUCAAAAAUAAAAUUAAUUUAAUUUGUGGGUAGAAUAAGUACCGUAAAAUAUAGAAACUAUAAAAUAAGCACAAAGUGAUUCUACGACGCUGUUGCUGCGUACCACACAAUUCAUGGGCGAGGUCAUGUUGUGGUAGAAUCAAGGUUCUCACUUCUCGCUAGCGUAUCUUGUUUAUUAAUUUAUAAAUAUUAUGUAUCCUGUAGUUCAAAGUAAGUAAGGUACUGUAGAAGACGAAAAAUGUCCAAACAAGAGGAAAAAUCCGUGAUCGAGAGCGAGGAAUCCUUGCUUUAUUCUGCUAGACACGGUGAGCUGUCUGUAGUUAAGGCCCUGUUGGAAGCUAGACUUAAAGGAGAGCUAACGCUAGAUAUAAAUUGUAAAGGUAAAAACAAAAGUAAUCUAGGAUGGACUCCAUUACACUUAGCAACAUAUUUUGGCCACAAGGAUGUUGUUGAGGUUCUGUUGGACACUGGAGCCAAUGUGGACGAAGUUAAUGAGUCUGGGGACACAGCCUUACAUAAGGCUUCGUUUAUUGGUAAUGAGGAAAUACUUAUACUCCUCCUGAGCCACAAGGCUGAUGUUAAUGUUAUGAAUGGUGAAGGACGGACUGCAUUGGACAUGUGUAAGACUCAUGAUGUGCAGAGGCUGUUGGAGGCAGCUGAACUUGCUGAACGUCGGGACAGAGAGAGAAAACUGUUGAAUGCUGCCAAAGAGGGACAGAUAGAUAUUGUACAGGAGCUGCUGAGCGGGUCGAACUCUCCAAACAUUAACUGCGUGGACGCGCAGGGUAACACGUGCCUGCACUGCGCGGCGUACCGCGGCCACGCGCGCGUCGCUGUGUUGUUACUGCAGAACGGCGUUGAUACGUCGCUGAGAAAUAACAGAGGUCAGCUAGCAAUAGACUUGGCUAAGGACGCGGAGAUGCGUGAAGUGCUGAGCGUGCGGCCCGUGCAACGCCUGCAACGGACGGCGGCGCGCUUCGAGGGACCCGUCCUCAAGCGGUCACGGUUCUUGGGCUGGAGACCUGUUUGGGCCGUGGUACAGCGCGGCGUACUACUAUACUACGCGUCGCGGGCGGAGGCGGCGCGGGAGGGGGGGCGGUGGCGCGACCGCAAGUACCUGGACGGCGCGCGGGUGCACGCGCCCGACGCCGAGCCCGCGCUGCUCGUCGUCAGCUUCAGCGACGGCGACACGCACCGCCUGGCCGUGGCGCAGAAGGACGACGUGGCCGCGCACAGACAGUCAUGGCUGACGGCGUUAAAGGAGCACAUCGCGUACUCGGGGCACUACCUGUGGGCCGGCGCCGCGGACGUCGCGCGAGAGGCCACAGAAGACUUCGAUGAUGACUGCAAACCGCUUGGUUCAAUGCAGGACGCGCUAACGACAGCGACGAACAACCUGGCGCUGCUGGACACGCAGCUGCGCGAGUGCAACGCCAUACUCACCGCGCUCGACAAGACCGCCAACGUCGGCAACUCGCUUCACCACUCCGCCUACAUGCGGUUCCAGCACGCGUGCGGUUCGGGCGCGGCGGCGCUGGCGGCUCUGCGGCACUGCGCCGCACUCGUCGCACAGCAGCGGGACCGCGACGCGGCCGCGCUCGCCACGCAGAUCGAGCGUAACAGAGUACUGGAGGAGGCGCUGGCGGCGCUGGCGCGGACGCACCACGCGCUAGAGAUGUCCGUAGCUGAGGAACUGACUAAGAGUAAAAGAAAAAAGAAAGCUAUAAGUCAAUCGCGAAACGAAUCGAAAGAGAACUUCUACGACGUCUUUGACGACUCGGGCGACGAGGACGACACGUUGGUGACAGCAGGGCUGUCGUCGCCGUUGGGCGCGCUGUCGCCGUGGGGCUCCGGCCUCGACCUCGCGCGCCGCUCGCCGCUCGCCAGCGACGGCGAGCUGACACCCACAAACGACCGCGCACUCUCGCCAGUCGAGUCGCCGGUCGGGUCACCCGAGUCGACCGGUUCGCCGACGUCGCUCCACACUGCGUUGUCGCGGGCCAGCUCGCGCGGGACACUGGUGUCCGCCGGCGGACACGUGUACCGCAACGCCAGGCCCUACCGCAAGACUAAACUCAGUUCUCAUUGGUCGCUCUAGACGGGUUAGUACAAAUGUCAUAAGUAACUGAAGACUGUAGUUAUAAUAUUUUUAUAACUGUAUACACUAACCCCCUUACUAAU